AGACAGACAGCACCUCCUCCUCUUCAUCAUGGCGACCACGAUGUACUCCUCCUCCUCCAGCAGCUUCAUUGGGGGCGGCGGCCUGGGUCUGGGCCGAGCGUCCCUGGGUGGCGGCGGCGGCAGAGGCAUGAGCUCCUACAGCGUGUCCGGGGGGGCAGGGGGCGGCGGCAUCAGGGUGUCCCGGGCCAGCCAGUCCUUCUCUGCCGGAGGCGGGGGCUACGGCUUCGGUGGAGGCGCAGGUGCAGGGGCAGGUUUCGGCUUUGGUGGAGGAGCAGGUGGAGGUGGAGGUGCAGGGUUUGGCUUCGGAGGGGGUGCAGGUGGGGGCUUCGGUGGCGGAGGGGACGACAGCGUGAUCGGCAACGAGAAGUUCACCAUGCAGAACCUGAACGACCGUCUGGCCAACUACCUGGCGAAGGUGGCGGCACUGGAGAAGGCCAACGCUGACCUGGAGCUGAAGAUCCGGCAGUUCGCUGAGACCAAGAUCAGCCCCUCCGCCAGGGACUACAGCCACUUCUACACCACCAUCGCUGAGCUGCAGGGCAAGAUCCAGGACGCCAUCAUCGUGAACAGCACCGUCAGGCUGAGCAUCGACAACGCCAGACUCGCUCAGGAUGACUUCAGAAUCAAGUACGAGAACGAGCUGGGCAUGCGUCAGUCAGUGGAGGCAGACAUCGCCGGGUUGAAGAUGCUGCUGGGAGAACUGGGCGUGGCCAAGACCGACCUCACCAUGCAGAUCGAUAGCCUGAAGGAUGAGCUGGAGACCAUGAAGGCGAACCACAUAGAGGAUCUGGCCUCCAUGCGCACUCAGGUGAGCGGACAGGUGAAUGUGGAGGUAGACGCUGCUCCUCAGGAAGAUCUCACAAAGGUCAUGGAGGAGAUCAGAGAACACUACGAAGCUGUCGCUGCCAAGAGCCGAAAAGAGCUGGAGGGCUGGUUCCAGGCCAAGUCUGAAACACUCUCUAAGGAGGUCGCCACCACAGAGAUGACUCUGAAGACAACAUCCACCGAGGUGAAGGACAUCAAGAGUCAGCUUCAGGCUCUGGAAAUCGAGCUUCAGUCCCAGCUCAGCAUGAAAGCGUCUCUUGAAGCUUCGCUCAACGACAUCCAAAGGCGCUACGCUGAACGCUUAGCAGGCUUCCAGAUGCAGGUGACCAUGUUGGAGCAGCAGCUGGUAAGUCUGAAGGCAGACCUGGAGAGACAGGGACAAGAAUACCAGAUGCUGCUGGACAUCAAGACCAGACUGGAGCAGGAGAUCGCGGAGUACAGACGGCUGCUGGACGGAGAGGCAUCAGGAAGCCUGUCAGGGUCCUCCUCCUCUUCUUCCAGCUCCACAGUCACCAAAACCAUGGUGACCAAGGUCAUCGAGACCACAAGCUAAGAACCAAUCACACGCGUCUGUCUGACUGGGGGCGGAGUCAAGUCUCUGCCUGUCGUCUUCCUGCUUUGCUGAAAUAAGGAGCACCUUCACCUGAGGAGGAGCAUCUCUCACCUUUCACCUGUUUCCUGUUACAAAUUAAAGCAGUUAGUUUAAAGAUCUGAGGGGAACCGUUCAUCAGAACCGGGUUUAUGUUGGGAAAACUGUCCUGAUCUUCCACCAGAACGUCUGUCUUUAAAAAUAAAACUUUAAAAAAACUCA